AUGAACUUCGGUUCUAGUUAUCCUGUUGAGAAAAGUGAUCUUGUCAACUUAAAAAGUUUACUAAAGGCCUCGAUAUACGCCGCUGAAGUAGGCGGGAAAAAGGUGGUGGAUGGUAAAAAACACGAGUUGAACAUCAAGAGUAAAGGAAAGACCCAGGAAGGGGCUAAUGACCCGGUUACGGAUGCGGACUACGCUUCGCAUUGCGUCAUGUAUUAUGGGUUAAAAAAUACAUUUCCGAAACUGAAUGUUGUGUCGGAAGAGCAUUCCAAAGGUGACUCUGCCUGUGAAAACCAGCCAGUGAUAGAUUUUAGUAAAAAUAAUCAAUUAGAUUUAAUUGAUUUUAUGAACGAUGAACUUGUGUAUGCAAGAGAUGUAACGAUCUGGAUUGAUCCAUUAGAUGCCACUCAAGAAUAUACAGAGGCUCUUUACCAGUAUGUGACAACAAUGGUAUGUGUUGCCAUUAGAGGAGUGCCCAUUAUUGGAGUUAUUCACUAUCCGUUCUCUUCUCGUACCUAUUGGGGAUGGUUCACAAAAAGAUACUCCAUAAACAUGCCUGUUGUGGAACAUAAAGAGGAGAACAAAGAACAUCCAACAGUUAUUGUGUCUCGCUCACACGCAGGCAAAGUCAUCAACUUAGCCAAAGAAGCCUUCGGUGAGAAGACCACAGUAGAGUCAGCAGCUGGCGCCGGCUACAAAGUCAUGGCGGUAGUCAAUGGGACUGCUGACGUGUAUCUUCACGCCACAGCCAUAAAGAAAUGGGACAUAUGCGCUGGUGACGCGAUAAUAAAGUCUGUAGGUGGCAAAAUGACAACCUCGAACGGUGAUUUAAUCAACUAUUCCAGUGACAGUGAAGUGAAAGUUACUGAUGGUAUAUUAGUGACCAGGUAUGAUCACGAAUAUUAUUUGAGUAAAAUACCUAACGUUAUAGAGUCUAUGCACUAG